UGGUUCACGCUGUUCUCCAUCUUGUAGCAGCCCUGCCUCAGCCUCCCCUGUUGCAGGAAUACAGGGGUGAAGCACUAUCCCUGGCUACACUGACUUAACGCCUUCCUUCCAUUCAGUGCUUUGAAUGGAACAGGUACCAUGCAGUCAUCUGAUUCUAUCCUGAAGGACUCUGCUUGUAGGAAAAGAUGUGUCAUGGCUGAUACUGGCCACUAGAGGCUCUCAGGGCCGGGCAAGGUAUGGGGUCUGUGUAUAUGUGAUCUCCCACCACUCCCCACCUGGCCAGAGCUAAAAUAAUAAAAUGCUGAGCUCACUGUUCCCCCACUCUCUCCCCCGGCACCAGACUCCUCCUGCUGACCGGACAGUGCCCCAGUAGAACAGACGGACCAACUGACAAGGGGAGGCUGUGAGUGUCACAGAGUGGGGAGGGAGUAGGGGCCACCAUGUCAUCCUAUCAGAAGGAACUGGAGAAAUACAGAGACAUAGAUGAAGAUGAAAUCCUAAGGACCUUGAGCCCCGAGGAGCUAGAACAGCUGGACUGUGAGCUACAAGAAAUGGACCCUGAGAAUAUGCUCCUGCCAGCUGGACUGCGACAACGUGACCAGACAAAGAAGAGCCCAACGGGGCCACUAGACCGAGAUGCCCUAUUGCAGUACCUGGAGCAACAGGCACUAGAAGUCAAGGAGCGUGAUGACUUGGUGCCCUUCACUGGCGAGAAGAAGGGCAAACCCUAUAUUCAGCCCAAGAGAGAAAUUCCAGCAGAGGAACAGAUUACGCUGGAGCCCGAGCUGGAGGAGGCACUGUCCCACGCUACAGAUGCGGAGAUGUGUGACAUUGCAGCGAUCCUGGGCAUGUACACGCUGAUGAGCAACAAGCAAUACUACGAUGCCAUCUGCAGUGGAGAAAUCUGCAACACUGAGGGCAUCAGCAGUGUGGUACAGCCUGACAAAUAUAAGCCAGUACCAGAUGAACCCCCAAAUCCCACAAACAUUGAGGAGAUGCUAAAGAGAGUGCGGAACAAUGACAAGGAGCUGGAGGAAGUAAACCUCAACAAUAUACAGGACAUCCCGAUACCUGUGCUAAGUGACUUAUGUGAAGCGAUGAAGACUAAUACCUAUGUCCGGAGUUUCAGUCUGGUGGCCACAAAGAGUGGUGACCCCAUCGCCAAUGCGGUGGCGGGCAUGUUGCGUGAGAACCGUAGUCUCCAGAGCUUGAACAUUGAAUCCAACUUCAUCAGCAGCACAGGGCUCAUGGCUGUGCUAAAGGCAGUUCGGGAAAAUGCCACUCUCACUGAGCUCCGUGUAGACAACCAGCGCCAGUGGCCUGGUGACGCAGUGGAGAUGGAAAUGGCCACUGUGCUAGAGCAGUGUCCCUCUAUUGUCCGCUUUGGGUACCACUUUACACAACAAGGACCACGAGCUCGGGCAGCCCAGGCCAUGACCCGGAACAAUGAGCUGCGUAAGUAACUGUAGACCCCCUGUGUAGAGAAGGCAAAUGCUGAGAUUGGUAGAUAUUCCUGAAAACAGAUUUAGUGAUAAAUAUUUGGGUGGCUGGCAAACUCAUGCAGAGAUGAAUGAGCAGGGAAGGAAAUAGAUACAAAGUCUUUCUUCGUCCUGUACACAUCUAUAGAGAAAUGGGAUGGAAGUUUGGCGUGACAGUACCUCCCAGAGACAUGGUCCAUUUAUUUUCCAGUAUGUAUUCUUGAUUUUGUUGUUAACAUGGGACAGGCCCAUCAGGUGGCAUGAGGGAGCAAUUUACAAAUCCGAGCAAGGAAAGGGAAAGAGAAACAUGCCCUGGGCAAAAUAAGAGAUGGAGCUGUGUUCACCAUUCUUCCUUUACAGGCCGACAGCAAAAGAAGAGAUAACAUCACCUGUCCUUAUACCAGCAAGAGAUGAGAGGCCUGGACAUAUAACUCCUCAUCUCUCCCAUUUCCUGUAAAUAAAAUCCCUUUUGUUCACGC